AGCGGCCGCACCAUCCUGGAAAUGAAAUGCAAACAUUAGGGCGGCAGGGGCGAGACCAGCAGGCGGUACGGAAAAUGCAGGGGAAAGAACAAGAACAGCAGCCUCAGCAGCAGCUUGAGUCCUCACAACAGUUUCAACCUCAACCACAAUUUCAGCCUCAGAAUCGGUCUAACGUCGUUGGAUCGCCCGACUUUUUCGCUGCAGCAGUAGGAGACGAGCCUCGUCAGAGCCAGCACAGUCACCAGCCGACCAAAAAUCUACUAGAGGCUGCACCAACUACAAGCAAAGGGGGUCAGGCCGGACAAGUCCCUGUGCUGCCGCCUGCGCGUGGUGAUGGUGCAUCGAAGCGCGGCCGUGGCCGCCCGCGCAUGCAGCAGGGGGAAGAGCAGCUGUUUCAAGAGCCGCAGGCAAAACGUGGCCGUGGCCGGCCACGCAUGCACCAGCACGAUGAGCACCAAGUGAAGCGCGGCCCCGGGCGACCUCGGAAGAGGAAUCAGAGUCAAGACUUGAUUAUGGAAGCAGUAGAGGACAAGGAGUUGCAGUUGCAGCAACAGGAACUGCAGCAGGAGCAGCAGCAACCCGCGGUGCCCGAAGUAGAACCACAGCAAAAAUCACCGGCAGAGAUGAAUUUGCCGGAAGAGAAGUUUUUGGCGCGGAAGCAGGAACAAGAUGCCGCUGUGUCUUCAAGUGAGGACAGUGAAGAUGAUGGUGCGCCAGGUCGCCCGCAGCAACUACAGCGGAAUUCGAGCGGUUCGGCUCCAGUUGAACAAGAGGAAUCGGCAGAAGAGGCGAGCUCGAGCAGCGACGAUAGAAAUGGAGCUGCUCCGGGCGCAUCACACAACAGAGGGGAAUCGGCAGAAGAUUCGAGCAGCGACGAGGAAGCUCCGGGCCGCGGGGGAAUGAACAACAGGAAUAUCCGAGAGGAAAACGACGAUGAAAGCGAAAACUCUACUUCCUCGUCGUCAUCUCCGCAGAACCCUCCGGAGGACGAACAGCACAGUGCACAGCUACAGAAUCAAUUGCUCCGUCAAAGAAAUCGUAGUUCUUCCCGGGAAAAAUCACAAAGCGACGAGCCGCCCGUGAAAAGAAGAAGGACCCGAGCAGCGAAGACAAGGGCUAAUGAGGCAAUAGCUGCGGCAUUUCGGGCGCGAGCGAAACCGAAAGCGCAGCCCGGUCGGCAAAAUGCUUUGCCGAAGCGUGGCCCGGGCGGAAGGUUCUUGCCAAAAGAACAAGGAGAAACAGGUGGAGUCGCUGCGCCGGUGAAGAAAGACAAGAAACGCGGAGGUGCUCUUUCCGCAGCGGGAGGCGCAUCGAAGGAGAAAGCCAAAGCAAAGCCGAAUUCACCGCAAGUUGUUGAGCAGAAGAGAAGUCGGUUUUCUUGGGCCGGUGCGCACAAUCUGCAGAAUGCGAUGCUGGAGCAGAAUAACCAAGAAAAUGAGGAUCCUAGGAUAGCGCAGAUACGACAAGCGCAGCAGCUGCAGCACAUGCAAGCUCCGCAACAUCACCAGAAGCAGCACGCUUUAUUGUUGCCACGACCAGAGGUCGUGGGCAACAUAGGUAAAAUGAACCCAGGUCAACAUUAUCCGAUUCGCGAUCGCUCCCCGUCGAUCGCAGCUUCCGAUAGCUCUAUUCCCGAGCUGGAUCACUUAGCCGGCGAAGCUCCGCUGGGCCGCGAAAAGUCCUCUUCGUCUUCUGGAACGCCACCCCUCCCGAAGCUACAGGAGCGCGUUUUUGGUUCUGUGCCGCCUGUUCACCAAGAUCCUCUUCCUGGACAGCAAUUUUUACUUCCCAGAGAACAUCAAGGUGGUAGGUCUUUGAACCCGGCGGAACAGAAUUUUCCUGGAGCACGACCAACAUCAGCAGCUGCAGUUUCGGGUCUCCUUCACAACGAUCGGCUUAUCUACCACCAGCCGGACGCCUUCUCGCCAACAGGCUUUCCGCAAGCUGGGUUUGUGCCGCAGCAGCACAUAAAGCAAGACGGAGCAUACCAGGAUGAAGAGUCGUCUUCCUCUGAUAGUGAGGCGGGGGGAAAGUCUGAGUCUGACAAUGCCGAACAUCAACCGGAAUCGCUGCCCGAGCAAAAACUUCCACCAAAGCAAGCAGCGGGGAAGGAAGCUCAGGGUCAAAGAACAAGAGAACGGAAAAUGAGUUCCGCGCCGAAACAAGCAGGUGUUCCGAAAAUAGAACCAGCGGUGAAAGCAACAGCGCAGCCGAAAACACAUCCUGGAACAAAGGCCGCACAGAACAAUAAGAUGAAAGCCGAGGCGCAACCGAAGCCAAAACUACACGUCGCUGGCGGUAGCAGACCUGCGGGCAAGGGGAAAAUAAAACCAGAUCAUGUCGAACGAGAGGUAGAAAGUAGUAGCGACAGUGAAAUGGACAGCAAAUCAUCUUCCGCCGAGGUUAAUGACGAAGUAGAACGGCUUAGACAGAAGAACAAGGGAACAAGUAAGGCAAAGUUGAAAACGGUGGCACCAGAUGAGAAGCAGAAAGGGCCUUCGAGUAAAAAACAUCAAGAUGAACAGAAAAAAAUAUUAAAGCCAAGUAAGAAGCAGGAUCAUCUCCAUCAAAGCGCGGACGACAAAAAUUCCGGAGCAUUGCAGGCGUAUAACCAGCUUCGCAUUGAGGUGGACACCUUCAUUUCGGACAUGCAAAUCCACAUGGACAUACAAAACGUGGACGAUGAGUUGGGAUCACAGCACCUGCUUACAACUGACGAGUCCACGACUGAGGCAACCGCGCUGCUGGAGGCCGCCAAGAAAAAGUGGCGCGACGUGCACCCGGACCGACUGUGUAGGAGGUUACCGGACUUGGGGGAGGAAGAGAAAAAGGCGCUUUCCGACAAAAGCGCACUCUUGCGAGAUCUAUACGAGAAACUGGACAAGGAAAUCAAAAACGUGAAAGCCAGAUUCACUGAAAGUGCAGCUGCUGGGCGUCGUUUUGAAAACGCUGCCGUAACUACUGCGAAAAAUGCGGGGCAGCGUGAUGAAAGUAGACCUUCCUCGUCGUCGUCCUCGGGGGUGAACAAUCCGGGUCCGAAUCCAAGCGAGGACACCAAAACGGCAGACAAGCCGGAUUUCGGCAUUAUUUCGGUCGCGGUUAUUGAAAAGUCGCGGUCCAAAGAUACAACAUCGGCAAACAGUAAGAAAAAGUCGUCCUCCGCGAAAAACAAUAAGACCCGGCGCGUUUUCCAGUUCACGUGGCCGCCCCUUCCCGAAGCUUUCAACCGAGUCAAGGUUCACAUCGCAAUUCCGCCAAAGUUUGUAGACGACAGCAUGCUCGGGCCCUUCACGGAGGAGCGCGGGUUCGAUACGAAAACGCUUUCCAGCACGGAAUUGGCGUCCUGGGAGUUCUGUGCGGACGACUUUAAGGAGGAUGUCAAGGAAGACCUCUUCAAGGCGGACGAAGUGAGAUUCGAGUUCGACGCGUUCACCGCCAAGGACACCGAGUCCGGCAGGCACGGGUUUGUACGGGUGCCGAAGAACAAAAUGCGGUUUCUGAAAAACAAAAAGUGACGAAAGCGCAGUGCAGGAGGAUAAGGAAGCGAUCAAAGAAGUUCCAUUCCAGAUACGGAAUUUAUCUUCCGACGCAAGUGAAUUUCUUGUCGAAUGUUGAAAGGAAAGAACUACGUAUGCAAAUAAAAGACGGUCCUGUACAAGUCAUUUUCACGACGUGCUGGUAAGGGAGCGACAGCGAGCACCGCACCAGCAUUAUGAAGGAACGUUUUAUAUCCAAGUGAGUACUAGAACUACUUAGAUCUAGACAACGACAUCUACUGGCAAGAUGUAGAUUGGAACAGCACUGCAAGAAUGCAGAUGUCCGAACAAGCCAGGACAUCGCUCGUAGUUCA